UCGAAACUAAUCAGGCAGCAGUGACUUGUUCCUUCGUCUAAUCUCUCUCUCUCUCUUUCACUCUUUGUAACUCAACUGCAUCUCAAUUUCUUCACACCCCACUUUCUCUUUCUCUCCUUUUAUCAAACUCUUCCAAUUUCACGUUAAAAAACUCACUUUCAUGGCGAUCUUGGAUCUAAACCUGACUGUUGCGUCUGGUGGUUCGAGCUCCAAUUCUGGGAUCUUUGGUUCCACCGUCGUCAAUGGCGACAGCUCUGAAAACUACUCCUCUUCAUUAGAGUUAAAUGCUCCCACUCUUUCUUUAAGUAUAUUUAAAGCCAACAACCCUGAGAAGAAGAAUUUUAACACCAGAAAUGAUGCUGUUGUUCAAGUGCGUCAUGGUGAAGACGUGCACAACGGGGCCACCACCAUUCACUUUUUUCCAGAGCGUAAACGGAAGUCGUCUUCUUCAGAAAGACUUCACCCUUUGAAUCGUCCUCUGGACGGGCUGAACGCUUCUACAAAGUUAAUACCCCAGCCGCAGCCAAUGAAGAAAAGCCGGCGAGGACCUAGGUCAAAAAGCUCUCAGUAUCGCGGCGUUACAUUUUACAGAAGGACUGGAAGAUGGGAGUCCCAUAUCUGGGAUUGUGGAAAGCAAAUCUACCUUGGAGGUUUUGACACGGCUCUUACUGCCGCAAGGGCAUAUGAUCGAGCGGCAAUCAAGUUUCGGGGUAUUGAUGCUGAUAUAAACUUUGAUAUUAGUGAUUACAUUGAAGACAUUGAAUCGAUGAGUUCUUAUUCAAAGGAAGAAUUUGUUAAUGUUGUACGCCGCAAUAGCAAUGGCUUUUCAAGAGGAUCGUCCAGGUACAGGGGAGUGACACUGCACAAGUGCGGGCGAUGGGAAGCUCGAAUGGGGCAGUUUCUGGGCAGAAAGUAUGUGUAUCUCGGGCUGUUUGACACCGAGGUUGAAGCAGCGAGGGCUUAUGAUAGGGCAGCCUUGAAAUUCAGUGGAAAUGAUGCCAUCACCAACUUUUCCCCAAGCCUGUAUAAGGAAGAGAUGACUGUUGACACUGGCGCUGUGGUCAAUGAGAAUCUUGAUUUGAAUCUGGGAAUUGCUCCCUCUCAUUCCUCUGGGGGCCAAAAGCGGAAGAGCAACCCAAAUGGAUUGCAGUAUCAGAAUGGCUGGAAUGAGAUGGCCAUGGAUUUGGGAGCUGGGAUUGGGAGUUUUAUGCCUGCAACAAUGAAGGUUUCUGGGAAUCCUUCUACCUGGAGUAAUGGAUAUUCCCCUUCCUUUCCAGUCAGUCAGGAAAAAGCAAUAGAGAAGAGGAAUGGCGCCACUUACAGGGGGCCGCCAUGUGUGCCAGUCUUCUCUGCUGCAGCAUCAUCAGGAUUCUCACCUAGAAAAUUCACUGUACCAUCAGCUGCCGCUUAUCAAUUUGACCAUCCAAAUCCAGCAAUCCUUCGGCAUCUUUGCUCUCUUUCAAGCACCAAAAUGGCCCCCUACAACAUCACCCGCAGUCCCCCUCGAUACUAUUGCAGGGGCUGAGUGAGAUGCAGCUGGAAAGAGCUGAAAAGUUUGGUUUGCAAGAAGUCUUGUUAUAAGACAAGCUCUGAAAUAGCAUGUAUAAGUCGAACUUCUAAAUAUUAUAUUGAUGUGGUGAAUUUGAACCUUCUGAA